AUGCCAAUACCAAGACUCUCUAACACAGCAACAACUUGUAAACGUUCGAUCAAAUUGUUCAUUCAAAGACGGAACUUAGCAACUAGAACAGCUGGCGACUCACCUUUUGACCAUUUACCAAGAUCCCCACCCAAUCGCAAAUGGAUCAAUUGGAAAACAACAGCUGCUUUCUUCUUACUUGGGGGGUACUUAUCAUAUAAUGAGACAUUGUUUAAUAUCUAUGAGAAAUAUACGGCAAUUGACGAGAAACAAACGCUGGUCAACAUACAGGCCUUGCAAUUGGAAUACAAGUUGAAGAAUUUGCCAAUUUACCAGAAAUUGGCCCAUCCGAAAAACAAUCAUCAAUGGUUCAAAUUGCUGAGUUGGGAAAAUCUUGAUAGAAAUGUUUUGGAUAAUCAGGAUUUGUCUAUAAAAACUCAAAAUGAAUACCAUGAACCUACAUUAACAAAUGGAACUUUGAGCAAACCGGGUGGAAUCUUGAUCAAACCAGUUACAUUCCACAAUAUUGAAACUGAUGAAGGUGUAUCGAUCAUACAUGCUGGCUAUAGAUUAUGCGGAUAUCCAUUUAUAGUUCAUGGGGGUAUCAUUGCUACAUUGUUAAACGAAACAUUCAAGAGAAAUGCUUCUUUGUGCAAGGACACAACGUCAAAUCUAAAGGAUGAUUUCAAGGUGGAGAAUUUGACUAUCAAUUAUAAGCGCCCAACUUUUGCUAAUCAGUUUUUAAUUAUAAAGACAAAGACGAAGCCUGGUGAAGAAAACGACAAGAGGCAUAUUUUAUUGGAGAGUGUAAUUGAAAAUGAGGAUGGUAAAGUGUUAGUUAAGAGUCAAGCAUUGUUACAUGACACGGGAAGGGCCACAAAUAGGAGUAAAGAAAAGAUCAAGACGGAAAAGAGAUGGUGGUAA